UCCCAUCAGUUAUUUGACAACGCGUCAUUGCUACGAUUUACGUUGUGUGUGCGCCAUCAUUGGUGGCUCGGUUGUCACUACGAAGCAGCGGUAAAGGACGUAUCGAAAGCAGCAAGAUGACUGAUUGGGUUGGAUAUGGGUAUGCAGCCCUCAUUGCAUCCGGGGGAACGAUGGGCUAUGUCAAAGCAGGCAGUGUCCCCUCUUUGGCAGCAGGUCUUCUAUUUGGGGGCCUUGCUGGGGUUGGUGCCUACCAGAUAUCACAAGAUCCCAAAAAUAUUUGGGUGUCACUAGUCACAUCAGGAGCCCUGGCAGGUGUGAUGGGAAAGAGAUUCUACGGCUCCAGGAAGAUUAUGCCUGCUGGAAUGAUGGCAGCAGCAAGUAUCCUUAUGGUGGGAAACCUCGGUGUUGGAAUGCUGCUGCAGAAGCCCCAGGAGUCAUAAUACACUGAUUGAACACUUUCAGACACUGAUGUAAAAAUCAUUAUCCUCUCUCUUUUCCAUUGUCUUGUAUUAUUCAGGAACAACCGGUCAUCAGUCAUAUGUGGAUGUUAUUUUGUAAAAAUGUAUAAUUGAACACUGAUUAUAAUAUCUUGUUUGUAAAAUGACAAGGAUGGCAUGCGUUUUUGUUCAUAUUGUUACACAGAUUGUCAUUACAUGUUACGAGAGAUGAAUGAACCGUGAAGUUGUGUAAA